UCAAACUAUCCGCUCGGGCCAAGUCACUGGGCCCAAUGAUUUUCACUGCUGGCCUGGGCUUCACCGAGUAAAACAAUUACUGUGAUAUAUCACAGUUACUUAAUGAAUGUCCGUCUUCAUUCUACAGUCGAAUAAUAAAUAUAGCCUGACCACAGUUUCUACUACUGGUUCCCAUGGAAACCGUACGAAAGCGAGGCUGCUGGUUUACUAGCAGGCUGAAGUGUUUCCGCUUUCCUCUGCUCGCAGUGAGAAAGAAACGGUCUAGCUAGCUGUUUGUGACGAAGCGGAAGAAGCGACAACACCGCAGGAAAGACUAUUAUUUGUGAUAAAUUAACAAAUCAAUUGGAGGAUAGUCUGGCUAUUUGAGUCCAUGACCAGACAGUGAGAACGGAGAGGAGGGCUUGAAGGUAGCCUAUUCGUUGGUUAGGCCUUAGAGGACUGUAGAGUUUCCAGGGGAAAAGAUGAGUGAUGGAAUGGUAUUGUGUGAGACGAGAGCCCUGGCCUCCUCUUCCUCUCCAGUCCACAGGCUGGCUACGUCUGCAAUCCUCUUCCUCCUCCUCUCCCUGCUCCACCACGGGCACGCAUCAGGAUGCCCGCAGCCGCUAGCUGUACAGCAUGGGGAGCUGGUGAACCAGACUCAGGGGAACCGAGGCUACUCCCCCCCUGGUACCCUGCUGUCCUAUGGCUGUGAGCCGGGCUACACCCCGGAUGGAGCCACCACCAUCACCUGUACCACCGCUGGAACAUGGUCCCACCUGCCUCCACGCUGCAUACACGCUGAUGUGUGCCCCCCUCCCACGGAGCCAGAGAACGGAGGGUACAGGUGCCACCCGUCCCCCUGCCACCGCCUCACCCAGAAGACCGUGAUAGAGUACUUCUGUGACGAGGGCUACGCUCUGAAGGGGGACUACAAGUUCCUCACCUGUCAGAAUGGGGAGUGGGACGCACCCAUGCAGAUCACUUGCCGCCUCAGCCAAGAUAAGGAGCUGCGGUCUCCGUUGGCGAUGCCAGCGCUGUCCAUCGUAGCGUCCACAGCCUCCUCUGUGGCCCUCCUGCUGCUGCUGGUGGUGCUGUUUGUUCUGCUGCAGCCCAAACUCAAGUCCUUCCACCACAGCAGGCGUGAGCAGGGUGUAUCAGGCCAGCCAGCCUCCAUGGUGGUGGAAGGGCUCCAGGUGGCCCUCCCCUCCUAUGAGGAGGCAGUUUACGGUAGCGGAGGUGCCUCCCUCCCACCGCCUCCAGAGUCCCGGGUCCAGAUCGUCCUGUCUGAGGGGCCCCAGGGGGCUGAGGGUGGAGCCGAGGGGCCCAGCAGUAGGUCUCAGUCCCACCGUCACAGAGAUACAGAGAUGUGCCUCCCCUCCACGUCCUCCUCUUCUUCCUCCUUCCCUUCAUCCUCCCGUCGCGCAGAGACCGUACUAGUCCACCAGGCCCCCUCCUCCUCCUCUUCGUCAUCGUGGGUUACGGAGCACGGAGGCGGUGCGUGUGGUGGAGUGGCACCCCUGGUCACUCUGGCCAGACGUAGAGACUCCGAGAGCAGCGACCAGCACAGCCUGCUUUCUGUCACCUCCGUAGACGACUUCUCUGAUGAUAUCCCCCUGUUAAAGGAAGCCUGAUGCCCCUGCAGCAGCACCACUCCACCCUACAGCUGACCAGGAAACACUGAGGCUUCUGCUGGGGCCUUCUACCUGAACUAUACCACCCUACCCUACAGCUGACCAGGAAACACUGAGGCUUCUGCUGGGGCCUUCUACCUGAACUAUACCACCCUACCCUACAGCUGACCAGGAAACACUGAGGCUUCUGCUGGGGCCUUCUACCUGAACUAUACCACCCUACCCUACAGCUGACCAGGAAACACUGAGGCUUCUGCUGGGGCCUUCUACCUGAACUAUACCACCCUACCAUACAGCUGACCAGGAAACACUGAGGCUUCUGCUGGGGCCUUCUACCUGAACUAUACCACUCCACCCUACAGCUCUGAACCACAGAACUACAAAAUUACCCAGCGUACCAAAAACAGGAAUCAUGUCAAAGAAACUCAACCUCCCUCCACGUCUGCAACUUCUCACACGGCUCAAAGACAAGAGCAGAGUCCAACCUCACCCCCAACUAUUACCAACCGUGCACAGAAAUUAGACAAACCAUUUCCACCACCAGUAUCCUCUCCUCGUGUCCUGGCUACCCCUUCUGCAAUGAUCCCUAAACUACCACCCAUGUGCAGAAAACUGCUCCCUUUCUCUCUUACUGGGAACUAACGAGCCCUUAAUACCUACAGCCCCCUCAGCUUCAGAAUGGACCUCAACACAGACAGGCAGACAGGCAGACAUGCAUCAAGUGGUUUCAGCUGAAUAUAGAUACAUAUGUAUAAAAGCAUACAUACUCAGAGUCCAGGUUUGGUACUGUCUGUGUCUCUAUGUACACAGCAGAGUCCAGGAUUGGUACUGUCUGUGUCUCUAUGUACACAGCAGAGUCCAGGUUUGGUACUGUCUGUGUCACUAUGGACACAGCAGAGUCCAGGUUUGGUACUGUAUGUCUGUGUCUCUAUGUACACAGCAGAGUCCAGGUUUGGUACUGUCUGUGUCACUAUGUACACAGCAGAGUCCAGGUUUGGUACUGUCUGUGUCACUAUGUACACAGCAGAGUCCAGGUUUGGUACUGUCUGUGUCACUAUGUACACAGCAGAGUCCAGGUUUGGUACUGUCUGUGUCACUAUGUACACAGCAGAGUCCAGGUUUGGUACUGUCUGUGUCACUAUGGACACAGCAGAGUCCAGGUUUGGUACUGUCUGUGUCUCUAUGGACACAGCAGAGUCCAGGUUUGGUACUGUCUGUGUCACUAUGUACACAGCAGAGUCCAGGUUUGGUACUGUCUGUGUCUCUAUGGACACAGCAGAGUCCAGGUUUGGUACUGUCUGUGUCACUAUGUACACAGCAGAGUCCAGGUUUGGUACUGUCUGUGUCUCUAUGGACACAGCAGAGUCCAGGUUUGGUACUGUCUGUGUCUCUAUGGACACAACAGAGUCCAGGUUUGGUACUGUCUGUGUCACUAUGUACACAGCAGAGUCCAGGUUUGGUACUGUCUGUGUCACUAUGUACACAGCAGAGUCCAGGUUUGGUACUGUCUGUGUCACUAUGGACACAGCAGAGUCCAGGUUUGGUACUGUCUGUGUCUCUAUGGACACAGCAGAGUCCAGGUUUGGUACUGUCUGUGUCACUAUGUACACAGCAGAGUCCAGGUUUGGUACUGUCUGUGUCACUAUGUACACAGCAGAGUCCAGGUUUGGUACUGUCUGUGUCUAUGUACACAGCAGAGUCCAGGUUUGGUACUGUCUGUGUCACUAUGGACACAGCAGAGUCCAGGUUUGGUACUGUCUGUGUCACUAUGGACACAGCAGAGUCCAGGUUUGGUACUGUCUGUGUCUCUAUGUACACAGCAGAGUCCAGGUUUGGUACUGUCUGUGUCACUAUGUACACAGCAGAGUCAUUUAUGUAUAGCUCUGUUACACAGAACACACGUCUGUCUAGGCCUGCACCUAAUCAACCGCACUCCCAAAGGCUUUAUCUCCAACUGCAAGGUUAGUGGCAAACAUCAUGAUGUUUUUAUCACUGAUGGUGAUGAUGACUGUGGAUACAGACUUGAACUUGUGCAUCUCCUUACUCUAAUGGGGAUAAAGAGAGUCUCUCUCUCUUCAGUGAGGACUGUCUUGGUUUGUGCCUGGGCUGGCGUAUGCUGCAUGUUCUCUCUCUCUACGAUGACGUCCUGCAGCCCACACGGUAACCCUGUCUGUCUACUCUGCAUGAAGUCCCUCUGCAACUCUGCUGCCACUCUGGCAUCUCCCAAGUAGGGCAUUGUCUUGGGUCAGACAGCGCCACUUUUGUCUCGUGUUUCGUCGGAGUGAGGCCACCUGUCAGAAGAUGGAUUGAGCACGUCACCAGAGCCAGCGACAGGGUUAUAAACACACAGGCUUGCCCAGACACUACUGUAUCACGAUAAAAGAAGAUUACCGACACGCUUGCCUUUUUUUCUGUUCAUCACAACAACCGAUAUGUGUUCUGCUCCCUUGUUGAUGUGGCUAUCUGGGGUGUUGUUCCGUUGUAGUGGCUACAGUAUCUUCUAGACACCUGGCUGUGUGUGUAUUUGACCGUGGAACUGAACAACACGUCAUGACUGUUUCAUGAAUGAAGAGUGUUCCGCUAUAAUGUUAAAUUCAGCAAGGCCUUGUUCUGUUAUUUUGUUCAAAGCAGGGGAGUUUAUUUUUUCAUGAUGAAAACAUGUUGAUUUUUGUGUUUGGUGACUGCACAUUGGGUAAUAUAUAUUUGUUUUUCCAAUCUAUUUAUUAUGUGUGUGUGGUGUGUGUGUGUGUGUGGCCAGGUUGGGUUCACAAGGAUGGAAUAUCGUCCAGAGUUGCUUCAAAACGGUUAGUAAACCUGUGCAUCUGCAUCUUUAAAAAGCUGAAAAUCCUUGCUCAAAACCAGCGCAUUGUAAACAACUAUUUUUCUUUUGUUUUAAAUGUUCAGUUCAAAGUUGAAUGAGCACAGCUUUAAUUUAUCUCUGGUAUGUGAUGAAAGCAGUUCAUAUGCGUUUGGGACUUGAGGUCAUCACCUUAGCCCGUUAGUUUCAGACGGGGUCUGAGUUGAGUGGUUGUUUGAAUUACUUUUUCCACAUUAAAUUUUUAUUUGUGACUGUCUGUCCACCUGUCAUUGUCAAUUACUUCAUAAACGCAAGCAGAGAGUGUUGCCUUUCAUUAGAUUUUGUUUGUAAUUGCAUCGCAAGUUUCCUCCAUCUUUACCUGCGAUACGAUGUUGAAACGUCUUCAGUGUUUCCCCAGUGGCCUUACUUUUGACUUUACUAGUCAUACAACUGUCUUGUGUAUUUUUCAAUGGGUUUUAUUUUUGUUUUUGGAUGUGAUUUUAGAGAAAGUCCAUCCUCUUCUCUCUGUCCUCCCCAAAAGGCUUCUUCAGCAACUGUGAUAUUCAAAAGCCUAAGCACCUAAAACAAAUACUUUUUUUUCUGUCUGUAAGAAAUUUUAACUGUUGCAUUGAAGUGUAAAAAAAAAGAAGAAGUUUUGAACCAUUUUUCUGGCGUCCAGACCACUGAUCUAGUGUUUCCUAGAAAAUGACAAAAGAAAAUCAUGUCCAUCUCUUGAUUCUGCAUUUCAAUGAUUUCAUGUUUUGGUUUUCCUCUGUACAUUGCAAUGGGCGUGAAGAUAGUAUUUUAAUAUUUGUAUAAAGUUUAAUUUAAUUCUACAUGUGUGUAUAUAACUAUUUCUAAUUAAAGCUUUCUUUUGAAAUGUG